GUGAAUUUGGCAUCGCACCGGCCAUCGAGACGAGGAGGAGAAGGAGAUAAAGUGAUCCGACAACAGCUUACAAUUCCUUCAUUGGGGAGCAUUCCUUCCAGGGACCCACAUCAAAUAGAAACAUGUCGUCCAAGGUAUCGCGUGAUACGCUGUACGAGGCUGUCAAUACCAUCUUGACACAGUCCAAGGAGAAGAAGAGGGGUUUCCUUGAAACAGUGGAAAUCCAAUUCGGUUUGAAGAACUACGAUCCCCAAAAGGACAAGCGUUUCUCUGGCACUGUCAAGCUCAAGCACAUCCCUCGCCCGGCUAUGCAAGUAUGCAUUCUUGGAGAUCAACAGCAUUGUGAUGAAGCCAAGGCCAACAACCUCCCAUCCAUGGAUGCUGAGGCCUUGAAGAAAUUGAACAAGAACAAGAAACUUGUCAAGCAGUUGGCCAAGAGGUAUGAUGCCUUCCUUGCCAGUGAAGCACUCAUCAAGCAGAUUCCCCGUUUGUUGGGCCCUGGAUUGAACAAGGCUGGCAAGUUCCCUGGUCCUCUGACCCACUCUGACUCCAUGGUUCAGAAAGUUGAGGAAGUUAAGGCUACCAUCAAGUUCCAGAUGAAGAAGGUCUUGUGCCUGUGUGUUGCUGUUGGACACGUAAAAAUGUCCGCUGAUGAUUUGGCCCAAAACAUCCACUUGUCAAUCAACUUCUUAGUAUCACUGUUGAAGAAACAUUGGCAGAAUGUUCGUUCUAUUCACAUUAAGACCACCAUGGGAGUCCCUCAGCGCUUGUACUAACUGUACUACGCAUGUGAUUGUUUGCAAAUAAACGGUGAACAAUUCGCGAAAGAAA